AUGCUGAAGAAAUUCGACAAGAAGGACGAGGAGUCCGGUGGAGGCUCCAACCCAUUCCAACAUCUGGAGAAGAGUGCCGUACUCCAGGAGGCCCGUGUGUUUAAUGAAACUCCUAUCAACCCACGGAAAUGUGCCCACAUCCUCACCAAGAUCCUUUAUCUCAUAAACCAGGGGGAACACCUGGGGACCACGGAAGCAACCGAGGCCUUCUUUGCCAUGACCAAGCUCUUUCAGUCCAAUGAUCCCAUCCUUCGUCGGAUGUGCUAUCUGACUAUUAAGGAAAUGUCCUGCAUUGCAGAGGAUGUCAUCAUUGUCACCAGCAGCCUGACAAAAGACAUGACGGGCAAGGAGGACAACUACCGGGGCCCCGCAGUGCGCGCCCUCUGCCAGAUCACUGACAGCACCAUGCUGCAGGCCAUUGAACGCUAUAUGAAACAGGCCAUUGUGGACAAGGUGCCCAGUGUCUCCAGCUCUGCUCUGGUGUCUUCGCUGCACCUGCUAAAGUGCAGCUUUGAUGUGGUCAAGCGCUGGGUGAAUGAGGCCCAGGAAGCGGCAUCCAGUGAUAAUAUCAUGGUCCAGUACCAUGCGCUGGGGCUUCUGUACCACGUGCGCAAGAAUGAUCGCCUGGCCGUCAGUAAGAUGAUCAGCAAGUUCACUCGGCAUGGCCUCAAGUCUCCCUUUGCCUACUGCAUGAUGAUCCGGGUGGCCAGCAAGCAGCUAGAAGAGGAGGAUGGCAGCCGUGACAGCCCUCUGUUUGACUUCAUUGAGAACUGCCUACGCAACAAGCACGAGAUGGUGGUGUAUGAAGCUGCCUCAGCUAUUGUCAACCUGCCCGGCUGCAGUGCCAAAGAAUUAGCCCCAGCAGUAUCAGUGCUCCAGCUUUUCUGCAGCUCCCCUAAGGCUGCCCUCCGCUAUGCUGCUGUCCGUACCCUCAAUAAGGUUGCCAUGAAGCACCCAUCAGCAGUGACAGCCUGUAAUCUGGAUCUGGAGAACCUUGUCACUGAUUCAAAUCGCAGCAUUGCCACACUGGCCAUCACCACGCUUCUCAAGACAGGCAGUGAGAGCAGUAUUGACCGCCUCAUGAAGCAGAUAUCCUCCUUUAUGUCCGAGAUCUCGGAUGAGUUCAAGCUUGAAGAUCUGGAAAUCACUGUAGCUGAUCACAUCCAAAAGGUCAUGAAAAUGAACUUUGAAGCAGCCUGGGAUGAGGUGGGUGAUGAAUUUGAGAAGGAGGAAACUUUCACUUUGUCAACCAUCAAGACACUUGAAGAGGCUGUGGGCAAUAUUGUGAAAUUCUUGGGGAUGCACCCAUGUGAGAGGUCAGAAAAAGUGCCAGAUAACAAGAACACCCACACAUUGCUCCUCGCUGGUGUAUUUCGGGGUGGUCAUGACAUCCUGGUACGUUCUCGGCUGCUGCUUUUGGAUACAGUGACAAUGCAAGUGACAGCCAGAAGCUCUGAAGAGCUGCCAGUAGACAUCAUCUUGGCAUCUGUGGGCUAG